AUGGCUACCACGACAAAUCCCCAGACCCCACGCUCCAGCAAGCUCAUUCAGUGGAUGGAAGACGACGUGCCCAUUAUCGACUCCCAAGAGAGUUUUUCCGAUGUCGUUUUCAAGCUGUCUGCUUACAUCUCCAAAGCUAUUGAUGCCGCGUACACGUACGAACAACUUCGCACCACCGUGGCCGGGCACACUCUUAAGCCAUUGAUCUCCAAUCUGAGUGAAGAAUGUCACCAUCCAGCUGUCGUUGCUGCGUUGUUGGCUGCGAGAUACCUCUUCACCAAUGCUGGGGAUGAUUCCGACAGCGUUCUGAAUGAAAGCAGGGCCCUUGCCUGUGAACUUGUCGCCUGGCAGUUCUUGACGUUCUUGUCGGAGAAGGAACUCAUCGACUAUCUUCUAUGUGAACUCCCUCAAUAUCCUGAUGGCAUACGUUCUCCACCCCACGAGUCUACUGCAAAUGGCAACGAUGACACUCUCGGCCCUGAUAUCUCGGGUGAGCAUUCGCCCCUCAUUCGUUCUCGCGCGAGCGAGUACGGCGGCCUUCGACCUCCCAAACGAGCGUGCGUUGGCAAUCUGGGAGGCACAUCCAGCAUUGUUCCAGACGAGUCACCAUCCAGCAAGGCCCGCAUCAACUUGGACGAGUCGAUGGCAGGAAUGAACGCCCUCGAGAUCGCGGCGAUUGGAGAUGCGAAGAAGUUUCUCUCCCAAAACCCCGUACAGAAGAUUGUCGAGGACAUCUGGAACGGGGACGUCAUUUUCUGGGAGUCCCUGUCCGUCCACGCCGUCAAGAAACCUCGCGUCUAUAACAAACGUGUCGCUGACCCCUUUACCCGGCUGAGGGUUCCCAAAUACCAGAAAGCUUUUCAAAUCGCCUUCUUCGUUUCCUUCCUCAUCCUAUACUACGCUGUCCUCGUUGAGCGGAACCCUCAACAUAUCACUGCCACUGAAGCCCUGUUGUAUGUUUGGAUUGCGGCUUUUGCAUAUGACGAGUUGGGCGAGAUCAAAGAUGCAGGCUUGAUGUUUUACCAGACGGACUUUUGGUCUCUUUGGGAUAUUGCCAUCAUUGGCGUCAGCGCCGCUUUUGUUGUCACGCGAAUUAUCGGCCUCAUCAAAGAUAGUCAUUAUAUCAUCGAUGUGGCGUUUGAUAUUUUGUCCAUGGUGGCGUUGUUUCUGGUUCCAAGAAUCUUCUCGGUUAUGAGCCUGAAUCCAUAUUUUGGAAGUUUGGUAGGGCUGAUUCCGGAAAAGACCAAAGCAUUUUGCAUGUUCUUGCCUGUCAUUGUUGUACUCUAUCUUGGUUUCUUGACUACUUUCACCAUGCUAGCCAGAGAUCGUAUGAGUCUCAAUGAGAUGUCGUGGCUUUUGAUCAAAGUCUUCUUCGGGUCGAGCUAUCUUGGAUUCGAUGUUGCAGUUAAAAUUUCUCCAUUGUUUGGAUACACGUUGAUGCUGAUUUUCGUCUGCUUGACCAACAUUCUCCUCAUCACAUCUCUUGUCUCGCUAGUGUCGAACUCACUGACAGAAGUCAUGGCCCAUGCUCGCGAGGAAUAUCUUUUCCAAUACUCCAUCUACGUUCUCGAAAGCAGUACUUCCCGUCGGUUGACCUAUUUCAUGCCUCCACUCAAUCUAUUCCCUCUGGCCUUGUUGCGACCUCUUCGGCUUUUCUUCCCUUCCGAGGAUGUUCGUCGCAUUCGGAUAUUUGUUCUCAAAGCUACCCACAUUCCUUUCGUGGCCCUGAUCUGGGCUUACGAGAAUUCGAGACGGAUGGUCUCUCGUGCUCAUCCGACAAUGUCCAAAGCUCCCCACUUGACCAGUCGUCCACUUAGUGCAGGCCGACUUAGUUUCGACGGUGCGCGAGAUUUUGUCAAGUCAUCAACGGCUAGACGAGCGCUUCACGAAACCUCCCCAACUGCCACCCCUGACAUGGGCGCCUCUACAGUGAAGUCUGCCUUGGGCAGUGCCGACAAUGCAGAGUUGCUUGCUCUUGUCCAGAAGUUGAGCACUCAGGUGGAUGGUUUGACCGCAAUGGUCGCUGGCCAGCAAAAAGAUUAA